AUGGACGUAACUUCGCUCCUCAACACGGCAGGAUCCGUCAGCUCGUCAAAACCACCGAGAUCAUCAGCAUCGCCAGCCAUUACGGAGGGUGGCCACACAGUACCGUCUUCAGCGCUUCCUACACCAUCGCCAGAGCGAACACUCGGACCUGCAGAAUAUGAAAGAAGCCCUCGCCAAAACUCCUCGGUCUGGGGAGCACGAGCUUACUCGCUGCAACUGGCACUCGACACAAAACCGCGGUCGAGUUCUGUGUUUUCUUUCCAAGCUGACGGGCGCACCGAGACGGAGAGCGAAGACGGCCUGUACAACAGCUCAAGACACGACUCAAUCUGCUCUGCGGAAGUUUCUGCGUCAUCGCAAUCUCCCCGAAUUCUUUCUUCGCGCACUUUACUAUCACCUCGAUGCAAAUCCGCCCUCCCUAACAGAGUCAUAUUAAAACCAUUCAUUUCCCCGGAGCAAAGUGAUGCUGAGCAUGGGGGGAUGGAACCGAGGAACUCGGCUCUAGCCAGCCACCGCAGCCAAUCCACUCAUGCCUCAGCGUCAAGAUCGCACUCGCGAGUGUCUUCAGUCACGACCAUCAGCACUCUACAAUCUGGAAAAGAUGCCACACUACAAGGCAGGGGAAGUUCGCUCGAUCGUAUGGCAAGCCACAGAGACUCGGAAUCCGCUGCGCAAACAAACGAGGAAUUUCGAUCAAUACAGUCAAAUGGCAACUCGGUCAGCAAGAUGCACAAGCGAACCAUGUCAGCGCCAGAUAUCGCUCAGUGCUCCGUGGCCCGGAUGCCACGCCACGCUGCGCAGCCCGUCAUCUCAGAAACUGUCUCGUCACGACCGAGUGUCGAGGAACCGACCGAGGACUCGCGACGCAGCUCUGAGGCAACCGAAACGGGCGCCUCCCUGAAGCAGGACCAAGAAGCCUACUGCAUGUUUGUCAAAGAUUGCGACACGGGCUCGCAGCUCCGUAAAGCCAUCUCCCACCUCUUUGGCCGCAACAAGGCGUGCACGUUGCGCAUCCCCAAGCACGUAUGGGUGUACUACUGCCGCAAACACUACCAGCGCAUUCGAUACCGCAAUGCAAAGACGUAUCCCCUCAACCAGAUGGAGCUCGUCAAGCUGCAGAUUAUGCGUCUGCAAGCGUGGAGCGAGGAGAAUCGCCAGCAGCAUAACGGCGCUUAUAUUCGUAUGUGGACGCUGUCGCUGCGCAAGCGCGAACAAAGCCGUAUUGAGAACGGCGGCGGCGGCAUCGUCGACGACGCUGCCGCUCACGACGCCCGCAGCACUGCAGGCACCGCUGUGCCCGAGUGGCUCAUCCAGCGCGUCGCUUCCGGCUACACAACCGAGGAGGUUCUCGAGGUGGCUGAGCGUCUACACAAGGAGAUUAAAGACGGAAACCUCGCGCAGGUGCCCGAAAUUGAGUUUCUGCCAGAUAUUGUCGAGGCUGAUUCCGGCGCGGGUUCCAAGUCGGCACGCAACGGCCGUCGUCAAAGCCGCAUGUCGAGCAACGGUCCCAGCGGUAUCAAGACGCCGAAGCGCAAGGCCCCCGAGUCGCUCGACUUUGGCCAUCGCGAGACGGCCUACCCCGAUGGUCAUGGGGGCGGGUUCUACCACCUGCAGCAACAGCACCACCAUCACCACGGGCACUACCACCACCAUUCGGGGGAGAACACCUACGAGGUUGCCAGCCCAUCGGGCAAGCGCGCACGUCUCGUCCGUCGCCCUUCGUAUGGACCACCACAUCCAGACUCUGCGCAGCUGCCUCCCCUAGCGUCGGCGCUGUCCUACGGCGAGAUGCAGCCUCCUCCUCCCCCGGGCAAUGUGCUGCCGCCCCAAACCACGCGCGCGCCCAACGUUGUGCCGAGGAUCCAGCCGCUCGAAUACCGCCACGGUAGCCACGGCUACGGCACCGCGUCGCCCCCCGACUCGUACUAUCCCGGCCAGCAGCUGCCGCCGGGUGGCGGUCCUCCUCGCUGGGACGGCUACGAGUCGUCGCCGCAGUCUGCGCGCAGCGACAGCGCCUACGCGCUCAGCAACGGCGAGCUUCGCUACCACAGCGGGCCGCCGCCUCCUCAUGCCCAGCAGCAACAGCAGCCGUCUCUGCCGCCCAUCAGCGCCCAACUCGAGGGCCGCUUCCCGCGUGCGCCGCACGGCCGUCCGGAGCACCGCGGCCGUCCGCACCACUGGCGGUCUGCGAGCGCUUACGUGCCCGGUGACCACCGCGGCGCGCCCUUGCCAGGGCGGCCGCUGAGCUCCGGCCACGAGGUGCCGCCUCAUCACCCGCCGCCCGGCUACCGUGAGCACGAGCACAUGUCGCCGCAUCACCGCUACGGGCCUGAGCACGAGCAGUACACGUACUUUUUGCCGCGCGGCCAUCACGGCAGCCAACCGCCGCCGCCGACGUCGCACCUCGGCCACGUGCCUCGCCAUGGUGUGCCUGCUGGUCCGCCGCCGCCAGGGUACGCGGACGAGGCGUGGGGUCGUGAAGGACGAGUCGUCUACGGGCGGCUGUGA